AUGAACGACAAAGAAGCCACCGAGCUUCAGCUCGCGCUGGAACAUGAGAAAACCCAAACAGGGGAAAUCAUUGAGGCACAGCACCGAGACAAUGACAAGGAUGUUGCAGCACAGUUCCUCGCACGUCUGGACCCAGCUAUCGCAGCAGAGCCUGUAACCGAACCCGAGGCACGCCGUCUGCUAUGGAAGAUCGACCUCAUCAUUAUUCCGCUCAUCAUGGUGACGGUAGUCCUGGCUGCCAUCGACAAAGUCAUCAUCUCAAAUGCUGCCAUUUAUGGAAUGAAAACAGACACCCACUUGGCUGGUGACCAGUACUCGUGGGUAGGCUCAAUCUUCUACUUCGGUUAUCUAGCCUUUGAAUACCCAGCAGCGCUGCUCAUCCAGCGACUCCCUGUGGCAAAACUAUACGCCGGAAUGGUGAUAGGAUGGGGUAUCCUACUGCUGUGUACAGCGGCAACACAAAACUUUGCAGGCUUAGCGACGGUGCGCUUUUUGAUGGGAAUGACAGAAGCCGCUGUCUUCCCCAUUUCCAGCAUCCUGACCGUUAUGUGGUGGAAGACGAGCGAGCAGCCUAUUCGUGUGGCAUUCUGGUUUAACCAGCUAUCAUCCGUCUUUUCAGGCGUGGUCAGCUAUGGAAUUGGCCAGACAGAUACGGCUUUGGCACCCUGGAGAUUGCUGUUCAUUGUGCUGGGCAUAUUCUCUCUCGUCUGGGCUGUUGUGCUAUACAUCUUCCUACCCGAUUCACCGGUGCAAUGCUGGUACUUCUCGGACCGUGAGAAGUUUGUCUGUCUCGUGCGUGUCAAGGACAACAACACCGGCAUGGAAGACAAGACUAUCAAAUGGUACCAAGUACGUGAAUGUCUGCUUGAUCCUAAGACCUGGCUUUUGGCACUAUUCUCGCUGGCUCAGAACAUCCCCAAUGGCGGCCUUGUCACAUUCUCCGCUAUCAUCGUGUCAGGUCUGGGAUAUUCGCGAUUAAUCACUACCCUCCUCGGUAUCCCCACCGGCGUGCUCGCCACGGUGUGGCAGAUCUUAUUGGGAUUCAUAGCAGCGCGUGUACCCAACUCCCGUUGCAGCAUCAUAGCCAUCGCCAACUUGGUACCACUGGUGUGCAGUGUGAUAAUGUGGAAGCUACCGCGUGAGAACCAGCAGGGCCUUCUGGCAGCAUACUACGUCUUCUACACCUACUGGGCACCGUACGUGCUAUCCACCUCACUCCCCAUGGCAAAUACCAGCGGCCACAGCAAGAAAUUGACAAUGAACGCCAUAUUCUUCUUGGCAUAUUGUGUCGGCAACAUUAUUGGACCUCAAGUUUUCCGUUCCGAGGAUGCGCCCUCGUAUUCGCACGGAUACGAAGGUCUUCUUGGUUGUCUCGUCGUGGCUAUUGCAUCCAUUCUUGCUUAUGGGCUCCUGUGCCGAUGGGAGAAUACCCGCCGUGAUAAAGAGGGACAAUCAGAUGUGGUGCCUUCGGAAGAUGCUGCAUUCUCCGAUUUGACAGAUAAAGAGAAGCGGGCUUUCCGGUAUACUUAUUAG